CCCUUUCACAUUGAGGAGUUUUAGAGGCGUUUUUGCGCUAAUUUUCCCGCUAUAAAAACGUUAAAAAAACACCUCCCAUGUAUCUCAAUGUAACCUUUCACACUGAGGAGUUUUGCUGGCUGGGCGUUGAAAAAAGUCUGACAAACAGCAUUUUUGAAGCUUCUUUUGGGCGCAGAAAAUAGCACUGUAAAAACGCCUAUCCCCAUAGAAAUGAAUGGGUACCGCUUUAAAACCGCAGUAAUAGCGCUGUAAUACCGCUCAUAACCUGUGUGGAGGUCACAUGAUCGCACUAGAGUGAAGUAUGCUGGGAUACCAGGAAAUCCGAUUGAGAAGAGGAGAGGAGAAACAGAAAGUGUCAUCAUGCAGGAAAGCAGCAGUAGACAAAUGCAGCCAACAUCUGCAGAAGUGAGAGAAGAAAGAGGCUCUGAACCAGAGGAAUUUAUAGAAUCCAUGAGAAAUCACCCUGAACUAUGGGACAAGAAGCAUGAAUGGUAUUCCAACCGUUUAAAAAAAAGGGCAGCUUGGAAUGCUGUGGCCCUAAUCCACAUUCAUAAUUGGGCUAUCUUGGGCAAAAAAGAUAAACAGGCAAAAAUGAAAACCAUCAAAUCGCGAUGGAAAACAUUAAGGGAUAAUUAUAGACGUGAACAUCUCCGUCAAGAAAAUGUGCGUAGUGGUUCGGGAGCAAAGGUUUCCCGGACAUACUGCCAUUAUGCUGAGCUACAAUUCUUGAAGCCAGUCAUGCAGCAGAGACCAACUGAAAGCAAUUUCAGCUCAGACAACACUGAGGACGAGGAGCAAGAGCAUGAACCCGGGACUAGUGAGACCAAUGAACCGCAGGAUUUUGAGAAUGAAGAUCUACAGGACACUGUACAGCCACCCAAAAAAAGGGGGAACACUCAAAAAUCUCAUCAGCAAAUAAGGCCGGGAAAUGGACCUCCUCCAAACGAAGGAAGCAAUAGAGGCCUUACUUGA